GAUACGCCGGUGUGUAUUGUGCACCCGAACACAAGGCAGCGUAGACGGUUUAGGCAGGACGGACCGUUUAUACUCCUCUUGAGCAAAGUACACUGGGAUAAGAAGGCAGCGGUGGAGAGGAUCAGCGGACAAGCCAUGAUACUGAUCUGCAUCGCGUCUGUUCUGGCCUGUUCAGCAGCAGAGUUCUCCGUAGUCACCCCCAAUGCUUCAGUCUCGGCACUGUUGGGUUCUUCAGUCGUCCUGCCCUGUGGUCUUUCUCCAUCUUUAAGUGCCAGAACUUUUGAAGUUCGCUGGUACAAGAAUGAUGACAUUAAUAACCCGGUUCUGCUCUACCAAGACCAAAAAGUCCAGGGGAACGUUAGAACGGAGUACAGGGACAGAGUGUCUCUGAUCGGGGAACUGGACAAAGGGAAUGUCUCUCUGAAACUGGACAACCUGACAACAGUCGACAGUGGAGAAUAUACGUGCUUUGUAAAGAGCCUCAGUUGGUAUGAUAAGCGCAGCAUGGACCUGGUUGUAAAAGCACUAGGUUCUUCACCCCUCCUCUCAUAUCAUGAAGCUGGAGAAAAGGUGAACGUUACCUGUACAUCAGCGGGAUGGUCGCCCAAACCCACACUAACCUGGAGAGACAACGAAGGACGAGAACUCCCAAGCAGUCACGCUUACUACAGAACUGGGUCUGAAGGGUUGAUGAACGUGAGCUCAUGGCUGCUUAUCUCUUUGUCUGACCUCGAGUGGAUCUCCUGUACUGUGGGUUUAAACCAUCAGGAAGUAAGAGAGAGCAGAGUUGUACCACUCAAAGGAUUCUGGAGAGAAGCGUUCAUCUCGACUCUAGUGCUUUCAUUAAUCGUCCUCAUCGCCUUCACCGUUCUUCUGAUUUUGUUCUGGAAAGGUUUACUCCCGCACUGUUCGUCUCACAAAAGUGCAAAAGCAGCAGCUGAUUCUCCUGAAUCCUUACCGGCAGAGACGGUUCCUCUUAACGCUGCGGAGAACACUCCAGAGAACGCUCCAGAGAACGCUGCGGAGAACGCUGCGGAGAACACUGCAGAUAACGCUACAGAGAACUCUGCAGAGAACGCUCCAGAGAACGCUCCAGAGAACGCUCCAGAGAAAGCAACAGAGAACGCAACUCGAGGGAUCAGUGCACUAUAUGUUCCUCCAGAAAUUACUGAAGAACGGUCUUUGAAAGACAGAUAUAAAGUGAGUCUCACACUGGAUCCAUCAACAGCUCACGGAUCUCUACAUGUGACUGGAGGUCGGAAAAGAGUUCACUGUAAAAAUCCAAACGCUGAUUGUGAAUCUAAAUUUCCUCACGUCGUGAGUGAAGAGGAGCUCGGCUCGGGGCAGCACUACUGGGAAGUGAUGAUAUGGGAUAAAACAUCAUCUGCGAAGUGGAAGUCAUCGUGGUGUGUAGGAGUGACUCAGAAACCCCACUCGGAGGACGUCCUCAGAGCUCUUUGUUAUGAAGAAGGCACUGGGUUAUAUCCUAAUACUGCGAGGUUCAGUAAAAUACCCACUGAAUAUACCAUGACGAGAUUAGGGCUGCAUUUAAACUGUGAAAUGAACUCUCUUUCCUUUUACAACGCAGAUAAAACCUCUCAUAAUCAUCUCCACACCUUUAAUAAAAUACCACACGCCACGUAUUUUGCGCUGUUCAGUCCAGGAGUGAAAGAUGUACAUCCUCUCAAAAUUCUAAAUUAACAUGAAAGCUUAGAGUCAGCUAAAAAAGGUGCAUUAAGGCCAGAGGUUUGUUUUCAUGUUCAGCAGCUUGAACUUCCUGUAUCUAUAACAAAUCUCAGGUUAUGUAAAUGACUGGCGCGUUGUAGUUCGCCAGUGCACAGUUUCAGUAUGAAAUCCAGUGAAUACUGUAGUUUAUAUUUGUUAGUUUUAACAUUGUGCUUUUGAUGUUUUUGUGUAUUGUUUUAUUAAAUUCAGUUUAUAUAUAAAACUCUCUCCUGUCUCAUUACACUAUCUACGUUUCCGUCCACGCAUAAAACGACGCUGGAUGGAAACGCCACAUGCGAGUAAAAUCUCAAAUUCGUACACAUUUUUUAUGAGGCGGAUACGGAUUUUAAUUCGAUAAGACAUGCGCAUAAACUACGAUGGAAACACGUUUACAACUAAUU